UGCGGCCAAAACUCUUUCUCUUGGACUCAUUAAUUAUUAAUACUCCUCCUCAUCUAAGAAACCCUUGAUUAAUUCUUCUUCUUCCGCUUUUACUUCUGCUAGGGGUUUUCUUAUCUCCAACAGGUUUUUCCAUCUCAAACUCUAACGAGGAGAAAAAAAGACGAGGAGAAAAAAAGAAAUUGAAUAUCAAGCGGAUCACUAACUAUUCAUCUUGAUUACAGAGAAAUUUAAAGGUCUGUUACAUCCUUGAUUCUCAUUAGAAUUUUGAUUAUUUUUGGAUCAAUUCUAGGGUUUAUGUAAUUUUAUCAAGAUUGAAUUGAACGAUGUAUAGCAAUUUUAAGGAACAGGGAAUAGAAUACGCAAGACAAGCUGUAAAAGAAGAUAACGAAGGGAAUCAUGCUAAAGCUUUUCAAUUAUAUAUGAAUGCUUUAGAAUACUUUAGGACCCAUCUGAAGUAUGAGAAGAAUCCUAAGGUUAAAGAAACAAUAACUCAGAAAUUCACAGAGUAUCUGAGAAGAGCUGAGGAGAUUCAAUCCUUGUUACACGAUGGAGGUACAGGUCCUAUUUCUAAUGGUGAUGCUGCUGUUGCUACAAAAUCGAAGACUAAACCUAAGGAUGGAGGGGAAGGUGGAGAUGAGGAGCAAACAAAACUUAGAGCAGGUCUUAAUUCUGCGAUCAUUAGGGAGAAACCGAAUGUUAAGUGGAAUGAUGUUGCUGGGCUUGAGAGUGCCAAACAGGCGCUACAGGAGGCAGUGAUCUUACCAGUUAAAUUUCCACAGUUUUUUACUGGGAAGAGACGACCUUGGAGAGCUUUCCUUCUGUAUGGUCCACCAGGAACUGGUAAAUCUUAUCUAGCUAAGGCUGUUGCGACAGAAGCAGACUCAACCUUUUUCAGUAUUUCUUCAUCUGACCUGGUCUCAAAGUGGAUGGGUGAAAGUGAGAAGCUUGUUUCCAACCUUUUCCAGAUGGCUCGUGACAGUGCUCCCUCCAUCAUUUUCAUCGAUGAAAUUGAUUCUUUAUGUGGCCAGCGCGGGGAGGGAAAUGAGAGUGAAGCUUCUCGGCGAAUCAAAACAGAACUUCUUGUACAGAUGCAGGGUGUUGGAAACAAUGAUGAGAAAGUUCUCGUUCUUGCAGCCACAAAUACACCUUAUUCGCUGGACCAGGCCAUUCGUAGGCGAUUUGACAAGAGGAUUUACAUCCCUCUUCCUGAUUUGAAGGCCAGACAACACAUGUUCAAGGUGCAUCUUGGAGAUACCCCCCAUAAUUUGACUGAAAGUGACUUCGAGGCCCUAGCUCGCAAAACAGAUGGUUUCUCUGGUUCUGAUAUUGCAGUUUCUGUCAAAGAUGUCCUGUUUGAACCCGUACGCAAAACUCAGGAUGCGAUGUUCUUUUAUAAGAACGAUAACAUGUGGAUCCCAUGUGGCCCAAAGCAACCUGGAGCCAUUCAGACUACAAUGCAAGAACUUGAUGCACAAGGCCUUGCCUCACAGAUCGUUCCUCCGCCAAUUCAAAGAACAGAUUUCGAUAAAGUACUAGCGAGACAGAGGCCGACAGUGAGCAAAAAGGACCUAGACGUGCAUGAGAGAUUCACAAAGGAGUUUGGAGAGGAAGGCUGAUGUGGGAAUUAAAUUAAAGCGUAAAAUACUGCGAUUACGGGACCAGGUACUACAUUUGUAUCUUGACAGUAGUAUAUUAAAUGCACAUAUUUGAUCUUUUGUAGCCUCACAAGUGGAAAGUGUGAUUUUCCCCUCAUUUCUGUAUGAUGGGUAAGGACAUUAUAUUGAUUCAAUACUUACUUUAAGAGUUACUUGUUUGUCUUUCCAGUUAUUUAGUAUUUUGCAGAAUCUGAAGAUGGGUAAAAAUGUGGUCAUUUAUGGUAUAGUCUUUCAUUCAUAAUGUGGUUGUGUGUAUUUCAAGGAAAAGGGAGCCUAAACUUUCAUCUGAUCUGUGAUAAGAAUUUUGAUUUUUGUAGAGCUUGUUUAGGCUGCAAGAAGUUAAAUUGAGCAUUGAUUUCAAGACUGGUGCAAUCAGGUUUUUCUUAAGAAUUUGCAGAACCCUAGUUUCAAAAUUGGUGCACACUGAUUCAGACCUUUGUACAAAAGGAUCUCUAACUUUUAGUAAACAGUAACUGAGUGAGCUGAUUUGGGGGUUCAUCAAUAGUAAAAUUUACUUUUUGAAUUAUACCAGGACCAGUUUAUUCCUUCUUAUUAAGUGAGGUCCGUGUCUCUUGAAUCUUGAUACCUGUUAGUGUUGGCUAUACGUUGAAUACAGAUUAAACAAAAUUAACCAAUCUUUAGCUUUCACUUAACGGUGAUUCAGUGAAAUAAAAUUUGUUGUAUUCGGUGAAAGACAAAACCAAUUAGAGAAAAAGACAGUUUCCAAUCGAAUAAGGGUAUACAAGUUUACAAAAGGCAGCCCAAAAACAAAACAUAACUAUCAAGUGGUUAAGAGAACAUAACCAUCAGCAGGUUCGGAUUGGUUAAGAGAAAAUAUAUUGUUAAGCGUCUCAAUUGUCACCGACUUCAAAGACUUGGUGGACAACAUCAAUAAGGUAAGCAAAGAUUGUUCUUGGGAAGCUGAAAACACUUUAUAAGAAGCUAGAAUUUUUCUGAAUGAUCUUCCAAGCAGAGGUAAAAUAUAUUGUUAGAAGGUAUAAUUCUGCUGCAGUGGUGUGCAACGGACGGCCGGUUGCGGAUUAGGGGUCAUCCUCAUCCAAUCCGUUAAAGUUGCGGAUAUGAAAAAUCAAACCGUAAUCCGCGGAUGAUAUGGGACGGAUGCGGAUUAACCACGAAUUUGGUCAAAAGAAAAAAAGUAAAACAAAGAAAAGGAUUUUGGUUUUCAGUAAGUUUGAAAUUGUAGCUCUCUCUCUCUACUUCUAUUCUUGAACUAUUGCAGAACAUUCUCUUCGUCUCUUGGUAUGGGAAAUAAUUUGUCCUUUGCUUGAAAUUCAAAGGUGAGUGUUACGAACAAGGCAGCAGCAGCAAAGUCCUUUGUUUGAUCAGAGUUAUUCUAUAAGGCACCAUUAGAUUACCUAUGAUCAUAUUUUGAAAUGGUCUGACUUGUAAGCUUUAUUUCAUUUCAUACAAUAUUUGUGUGUCAGUGGAUUCUAUUAGGUUGCAUAUACAAUAAGAGUUAACUUGAUUUCUCC